GCAGUAGUUAAAUAUUUCAAGUGUAACCUAAGUUUUUGCUGAUGGCCGUAUGUUCAUUCGUGCAUCUGUACAUACCUAAGGUACCUAAGUGUUCACAAGAUCGCCCGUAAUUAAUCGGCCGAGCCAGUCGACGGUCCUCUUAGCUUAUAUCGGCAUCGUCACGCGUCUCAAUUAACCCCGUCUCCCUUGUUCGCCGGACGGCAAGUGGCUACGGCACGUGCUGCAACUUUUGCUACAUCAUAUCCCGACUUACACCCUAGUCCCGGGUAGGGCCGUUGCGGAUGUAUGUCGAAAUCUGGCCCACGCCUCAAGGAUGAGGGCUCACGACUCCAAGUCGUAACCGCCGGGGCUACAGCCGGUCUAAUAUCCCGGUUCGUCGUCGCGCCCCUCGACGUCGUCAAGAUUCGCCUGCAAUUGCAAUCACACUCGCUCUCAGAUCCGCGAACUCACCUUGACCUUCGCGGCUCUCCUAUCUAUAAGGGCACUAUCGGCACGUUCCGCCAGAUCGUCGCUAAUGAGGGCAUCACCGCCCUGUGGAAGGGCAAUGUGCCCGCCGAGCUGAUGUACGUCGCGUACGCCUCUAUCCAGUUCACUACCUACCGGUCGACGACGCAACUACUACGCGCCCUUUACGGAGACGCCCGCCGGCUCCCCCAGUCCGUCGAGUCGUUUGUCAGCGGUGCUACGGCCGGCGCUGCAGCCACCGCGGCUACGUACCCGUUGGACUUGCUACGCACGCGGUUCGCGGCCCAGGGCAACGACCGCGUGUACACGUCGCUACGGCGGGCGGUAGCUGACAUAGCACGAGACGAGGGCGUGCCUGGCUUUUUCCGGGGACUAGCACCUGCGUUAGGGCAGAUCGUACCGUUCAUGGGGCUCUUCUUCGCCGUGUACGAGGGCGCGCGGCUGCCGCUGGGACGAGUCGAUGCGCUGCCUUGGGGCACGGGAGACGCCACGGCCGGAGUCAUCGCUAGUGUCGUGGCGAAGACGGGCGUGUUCCCGCUCGACCUCGUGCGCAAGCGUAUCCAAGUCCAGGGCCCCACGCGGAGCCGCUACGUCCACAAGAAUAUACCUGAGUACGCCGGUACGGUGAGCACUAUUCGUCGGAUCCUGGAGAUGGAAGGGGUUAGGGGCCUGUAUAGAGGGUUGCCGGUUAGUCUGCUCAAGGCAGCUCCUGCAAGCGCUGUCACGAUGUGGACGUAUGAGCGGACUUUGGAUUUCCUGGUUAAGAAGGCGGAGCGUAAUGCUGAGUUGUAAUGAUAGGAUAGACACGGGUGGCCGCGUAUGGCAUAUGAAUUAACGGAUCCCAUGACGGCGUUGAAUAAAAUCAGGAUAGAUGUUGCGGAGAGCAACUUGUAGGAUAUAUCAUGCGUUGGUUUAUCAAGCAAAACCACUUAUACUUAUAUUGGUUUAAUUUACCAUCAAAAUUAUUGUUUGAAGAUGAGCUGUCUAGAUUAAA